AUGGAUAUUCAAACCUUGUUGAACAACCUUCAUGAAGAGUUAUCAUGUUCUGUGUGUAUGAGCAAGUACAUCGAUCCAAAACAGCUACCGUGCUUGCAUAGUUUUUGCCUUCAUUGUCUGAAUGGGAUUCAACGAACGAGUGGCAGACGAGAUAAAAUUGCGUGCCCGGAGUGUAGACAGGAAUUCAAGGUCCCUGAUAAAGGAAACCUAGCAGCUUUGCCAACAAAUUUUCGCAUUAACAGCUUGCUCGAUGUAUUAGCUAUAAAGGAGUGCAGCACCACUAGAGUUAAGUGUGGAAAUUGUGACAACCGAAGCAAAGAAAGCCAUUAUUGUUUCCAGUGUUGUGCUUUCUGGUGCGGAGAGUGUAUCACUUUCCACAAUGGGAUGAAAGCCAAUAAAGAUCACUAUGCGCUGGCAUUGGAAGACUUUCAAGAUCACGACUAUGAGAACAUUUUAAAGCGGCCAGCAUUUUGUGGGAUACCAGGCCACGAGAAAAAAGAAAAAGAAUUCUUCUGUAAUAGCUGCGAAGUCGCAAUCUGCAACGCUUGUGCGUUAACGAAUCAUGAAGGGCACGGAAAGAUUCUUCUGGAACAAGCUGCAGAUGAGCGGAAGUUAAGAGUUAAAUCUGCAAUUGAAUCUCAGAGAAAAAGAGCUCUAACAAAGAGAAGCAAAAUCACCAAGCUUGACAAAUACCAUAAUGAAGUUCAAGAACAAGCCGCUCGUUUGAAGAGAAACGUACAAGAGUAUGCUGACAGCAUUCAUGCAGCCAUUGAAACAAAGAAACUGGAGAUCUUUGAUGAUGUGGAACGAAGGACAAAAGCUUCUCUUCAAGAAAUUGGAAAGCAAAAAGAGGAUUUUGAAGAACAGGCUAGACGAUAUGAAUCAGAAAUAGAAGAUACUGAAACACUUUUAAAGCGAAGCACAAGCGCACAACUCAUACAACCGAACGAGCUGAUGGACAAAAUAUUAAAGGAAGAAAAGAACCAAGAAGAAGGAAGUGAUCGUGAUGACUGUCCAUGUCAGAAAUUUGAUUUUGUGAAGAAUCACAAGUUAUUUGAUCUCGUAAGCGUUGAACAAAUUGGUUCCCUGGAAGAAAGUCAGACAAGGGCGCAACAAUCGAGUGCUGAUGGAAAAGGAAUCAGUGAGGCAAUUGUUGGACUUAAAGGACAUCUUGUUGUGACAACAAGAAACGAGAAAUGUCAUCAGUGUUAUAAUAAUGACUGUGUCACACUGGAAAUCAGUAAUCGUCAAGGCGAUAACUGCGCAGUUGAAGUGCAAGUCCAAGAUAACAAAGAUGGGACUUACAAGAUCAAAUACUUUGCCAAAGAAACAGGAACAUGCUGUGCAUCAGUGAAGGUUAAUGGAGAACAUAUCCGUGGCAGUCCUUUUGAGGUUCAAGUCACACCCAGACAGUUCAGACCUGUGUUAUCUUUUGGAGAACAAAUAUUGAAGAAGCCUUGGGGGGUAGCAGUAAAUGAACAAGAUGAAAUUGCAGUGAGUGACAUUGGUAACCAUAAGAUCCAUUUAUUCAAGAGCGAUGGAACUCAUAUUAAAUCUUUUGGUAAACAUGGUACUCAGCACGGUGAGUUUGACUGGCCUUGUGGAAUAGUUUUUCACGGUGGUAAUAUUAUUGUGGCAGAACAAAGUAAAAACAGUAGGAUCCAAGAACUGAAUAGACAGGGAGAUUACCUUCGCAACUUUGGGGGAAAAGGAAGUCUUGAUCACCAACUUGACUUUCCUACUGGUUUAUCUAUUGCCAGUGAUGGCAAUAUCAUUGUAGCUGAUAGGAAAAACAAAUUAAUUAAGAUCUUUUCCGCUGAUGGACAGUUUUUACAUAAACUUGGCACAAAGGGCUGUUUCACUGAACCCUAUCACUGUAUUCAACAUGACAACUAUCUUAUAGUAUCAGACUAUCGUGACCAUUCUGUAAAAUUAUUUGAUAGAGAGGGUAAUUUUCUUUACAAAUUUGGGAAGAAGGGAAAUGCAGACAGGGAGUUUAACUCACCUCACUGCUUGUCCAUGGACAAAGCAGGGCACCUGAUGGUUUGUGAUACUUACAAUCACAGGAUUCAGGUGUUUGAUCUGAGUGGGAAGUUUGUCGCUAAGUUUGGAACAACAGGAAGCGGGAUGGGAGAGUUUGAUAGACCAGUCUCAGUAGCACUUCUUAGUGAUGAUAAAAUAGUUGUGUCUGACUUCGGAAACAGUCGUAUUCAGAUUUUUGAUUGA